AUUUAAGAAACUUAGUUUGUAUUGACUUGAGCUACAGCAAGCUUGUCCGAGUUUGGGAGGAUUCCUAUCUGGUAUGAUACAUAUAAUUGUCGUAACCUCAACCAAAUUAUUAAUCCCUUCCUCGUCCGUGUUUUGUAAAUACCAACAUCAGUUGACAGUCAUUCUAGCUCUCUCUCUCUCUCUCUCUCUCUCUCUCUCUCUCUCUAUAUCUUUUUGUCAAACAGUUGCCGAAGAAGUUGAAGUUUCUUACGCUCAAUCAUUCCCCUAACCUGACUCAAUUACCAGACUUUUCAAAACUCCCACAUCUCGAGAAAUUGAGCCUCAAUGGCUGUAAGGGUGUGUCUGGGGGUUACCAUUUCUUUGCACAACUGAAGAUGCUUCAUGAUUUAGAUCUUAGAGACUGCAAUAUAACGGAUGAUGCUGUUCUUGAAAGCCUUCAGAGUCUACCUUCUUUAAGGACUUUAUUACUAGAUGGAAAUGGUUUUCAUAGGCUACCCAUCCUCUGUGGCCUUUCCCAGCUUGAAAUGUUAUAUCUAAAUCAUUGCACAAACCUUCAGGCAAUCCCAGAUUUGCCGAAAAGUUUGUUUUUACUGGAAGCGAAUUACUGCACUGAACUGGAAAUAAUGCCCGACCUUUCAGAGAUGUCGGAAAUGACUGAAUUGCAACUGAAAGACUGCCGCAAACUCAAAGAUAUUCCAAACCUGGAUAACUUCUUGUGCAACAUGGAUACCAUUCAUAUGGAAGGGUGCACCAGUCUCACUGCUACUUUUAAGGAGAACAUCCUAUUGAAAUGGAAGGGGGAUGUAAUUGGUGGACUUUCUCUCUCUGUAAAUGAUAUUCCUCGCUGGUUACCCUAUGUCGCGAGAGCGGAUGAAACUGUCAAAGUUGAAGUGCCGCCUACUUUUGAUUAUAUAGGAGGGUUGGCUGUGUGCAUCAUUUAUUCUUCGGACAAUUCAGACUGUACUGGGUCCCUAUGCAUUCAUGUUGUUAAUCGUACCCAGCGAACAUGUUUCCACAUUUGGCCAAUGGUGACCACCGUAACUGCUUCCCAUGAAUGUUAUCUUUGGUUGGGAAAUCUUACAAACAAGAAGCUCAAUCUGAAAGGUGGCGACAAGGUUCGUGUGCAUGCAGACUUUAUUGAAACAGAGGAUGAUCAUCAAAUUAAGGUGAAGAAAGCAGGAGUGGAUAUCGUAGAAUGGGAAUUUUCAGCUUCAGAUAUGACAUAUGUUGACUAUGAUCGUAUGCCAUACGAGUCUGAUGAGGAGGACACUGACGACGAUACAGAGUUAAGCGAUUACUCAUCUGAUGAGGUCCAACCUUGCAAAAGAUUUAAGGUUAUCUGAUCUCAAUAUUGAAAGCUUUGACGAUGAAGAAGAAACAAUUGAGAAAUGAAAGAAAGCAUUCCAAAUUGUCUUUAUAAAGUACUUGAAUUUUUAAUAAGAGUUUCAAUGUGGGUAUUAUAAAAGCACUUUUAGCUGAAGCGUUUUUAGCGAAGCAAU